AUGAAUUUGCAACGAAAAUUAGAACUAGUGCUCCCGGGAAAGAGCCCUGAUGAAAUAUUGAAAAGCCAUGAAGUAAAUAAAUAUGAUCAUUCUGUUGUUCUAUGGAAGAUAGAGAAUACCCAAAGAGGAUAUACUAUCACACAUAAACUGAAACCAUUAGACAAGGAUAACACAAAGGAAUCAACAAAGUCGAAAACUCAGCAUUUUCCAAGGAAUGACACUGUCAGACUUAUCGACUUGAAUAUCCGAGAACUGAUUAUACUAUCUCCUGCCGUACCACGCCUUGCAAACUUACAACGACUCUAUAUCCAAUUCAACAAACUCAAAACUCUUCCGCUUGAGCUCUUCCGACUUACUGGACUCCAAGAAUUGCGUCUAAAUUCUAAUCAAUUGACAACUAUCCCUCCACAUGUUGGUUUAUUGACUUCUCUGCAAAGACUCGAUGUUCGUUCAAAUAAACUAACCAGCAUACCUCAGCAAAUUGGAUUAUGUAUAAAAUGCCAUGUAUUGGAUUUGAGGAAUAAUAGACUAAAGGUGCUGCCAGCUGAAGUUCAAAAUCUAACCAAAUUGCGGGAGCUGAUGGUUGAUGGAAAUCCUCUUGAUCACGUCGCAGGCAUCGACGAUAGGCAAAGGGAGAAUGACAAUGAUGCAGACAAUACUCUUGGUAUGGAAAGACAUAACACAGCCGCAAACGAAGACGAUAAUAGUAAUGAUACAGUCAUCAAGGCAUAUAAUAAGAAUACAAAGGUCAUGUCACUUACUGACAUUUGUACACAAAUUGUGGGAUCUGUCCUUCAUAACAAAGGACCCCACGCGUACUGUAAAUAUUGUCGUCAUCAGAGUGAUUUUGAAGCAGAUGAGAAUUGCCUCAUGGCUGUACUUCCACAUCGCAUAUUAGAGCGACUAACAUUACCUGCUGGCCACCCACCAAAAAGAUGUUCUGGAUGCGUAUCACCACUAUUUCACGAUGCUCUCAAGCAUCUGAUCCAUGUUAACUUUUGUAAACGUUCGCUUCCGAUUGAAUAUAAAUUUUGUUCACAUGGAUGCAUGCAAAGAACGUUAAGGCAAACUGAAGAAGUAUCUAUUCGGUAA